AAGGGCGUAUAUAAAUGGAGGCCAAUGGGCAUUGACAAACCCACAGUCUGCUAGUUCUUCAUCGCCAGCCCAGCCAGCCAGCAGCCAUGACGUUCAACGGAACCUGGAAGGUCGACCGAAAUGAAAACUAUGACAAGUUUAUGGAACAAAUGGGCAUUAAUGUCAUGAAGCGCAAACUGGCAGAGCACGACAACCUGAAAAUCACCAUUGAGCAGAACGGAGACAAGUUUCAUAUCAAAGAGUCCAGCACCUUCCGCACCAAAGAAGUGGACUUCACCCUGGGCGUCCCAUUCGAAUACACCAUGGCUGAUGGCACUGAGCUCUCGGGUGCGUGGGAGAUUGAGGGUGACAUGAUGAAAGGGAAAUUCGCCAGGAAAGACAACAACAAGGUCCUGACGACCACUAGAACUCUGGUGGGAGGAGAGCUCGUACAGACUUACAACUAUGAAGGAGUGGACGCUAAGAGGAUUUUCAAGAAGCAGUAACCUGGAGUCUGAAGUUCAUAUUUUAUUUUUAUAUAGAUGACAAGACGUACAUUUGUGGUUUUCUCGUAAGUGUAUUCUUAUGGGACUCUACUUCAUAUACCUCAAAAAAGUUGUUGUUUUUCUGAGUUUUAAGAGAGGUAUAGCUGACCACAGAAUUGCUUUAUAAUUAUCACCGUAAGCUGGGAAGGCAGGAAAACAGGAGUAUAAGCCAAUACAAAGUAGAGGCAAACUGAGGG